AUGUCAUUCGCAGCCAGACAUUCGACGCGUGCCAGCAGUGCCCCGCCAGUACAUCUCGGAGCUGCGGAGAUGGCAACGACGGCGGCUCAAGCUGCGGGUUCAAGGCGACUUGGUGGUGUCCUCACGAGCCAAAAGGUCAUCCGGGCCGCCCACCUUCUCUCCAUCCCCAUCUACGCGACGACGCAGAACCGUGCCAAGCUCGGCCCGACGGUGCCGGAGCUGGAGGAACUCCUGACGGCGGCGGGCCCGCUGGUCCGGGAGCACUCGGACAAGACGAAAUUCUCCAUGUGGACGCCGUCGGUGCAGCGAACGCUGGCGGCGCGCGACCUCCUCGGCGGCAGCGGCAGCGGCAGGGUCACGGUGGCGCUGGUCGGGAUCGAGAGCCACAUCUGCGUGACGCAGACGGCGCUGGACCUCCUCCGAGCGGGCCACGGCGUCUACGUGCUCGCGGACGGCGUCAGCAGCUGCAACAAGGAGGAGGUGCCGCUGGCCCUGGCCAGGCUGAGGGCCGAGGGCGCCGUCGUCACCAGCAGCGAGGCCUGGCUGUACGAGGUCAUGGGCGACGCCGAGAUUCCAGAGUUUAGGAGCAUUGUUGGAUUGGUCAAGAAGACGAGCGCGGAUACGGCGGCGGUGUUGCAGGCGUUGAGGCCUGCUAGGAUGUGA